AUGGCGUUCUGGGUUGGCUGGGCGUUGUGGGAGCAGUUGAGCUUUGUCCUGGCCCUUUUGAUUGUUGUUGUAUUCAUAUAUGCCUCUUUUGUUCUCGCAUUCAACACCUGGAUGACCCGCCGAUAUGCCAAUGCCGAGUCGCGUCAGAAGGACCCAGAGGCAGAGCUUUACCCCAUGCUAUCGAAAGACGAUGUGCCGUUUGGUGCCAAGGCUCUUGAACGAGGCGUGCAGGUCGAGGGCAUCUGGGUCUCUAAAAACAACACUCCGCAUUCGAGCACUGUCCAUCCAGAAACCCCAAUUACAGACCAACCACUCAGCCCUGACCUGAGAAAGUCCCCAGUUGCCCCCCCCUUUCCGGCCUCUCUGAUGGCCAUGGAGAGCGCAAAAAGAGAGAACCCUCUACGGGCAGAUACUCCAAAUACAUUGAGUACCGAGGCAAGCCUUGUCACAGCUGACAAGUACGAAGAGAAACUUCAUACCCCCGCUGAAGUCUACACUCCUCCGAUGUCGUCCGAGGCCCCGAGCUUGCCCAGUACCUUCAACCGCCACAGCGAGGGCUUCGUUGGCGACAAGAAGAACCAGAAGCGUGCCAGUUUUCAUUCCCGAAUCUGGCAUGCUGGCCACAUCUUCGACACCAAGCCAGUGGCAAGUAACCGUGACCGAGAUGAGUUGGGUUUAGCCCAAGCUGGCAAUGUACCUGUUGCCCAUUCACUAGACGAGCGGCGCCGGGCUUCACGGAUCUCCAGAGUUCUUCGCAAGCGGUCCUCCGAGGAGUUCCGACGAAAGAUGAGCGCCAUCUUCAACGAGCGAAUCCACAUGAACGAGCCGUCUGAGCGACUUGAGAUUGAUCCGAUGUUUCAGAACACCCAAAGCCGAAACAAACGGAAGUCGAUCCUCACGUAA